CCUCUUUGGGAGCUCCAGCUGCUUUUGCGAAAACGGUGGUUUACACACACAACGAGCCGCAACAUCCCUGUCCCUACGCGAUUUCUCCACAACAGUCGUACUGCAUUGCUGCGCGCCUGCACCCUGCGAACACCCCCGCAUCGAUUUCCUGUCACUGCAAUUACUUUGCGCAUCGCGCCAUAGCUCCGUCUGCUCCAGUGACGCGCACCCAAGCUCCCCUUAGCUCCCGCGGAACCGUCCCGAAUGCGCCGACUUGCGCGACGCGACUGCCCCAAAGACAACGCCCACGCCCACAAUCGCAUGCGCAGCCUCCACGCGGAAUGAAGAUCUUAUCGCCCCCGGGUCUGCACUAUCCCAUCACCGUGCUCGAGCUGCUGAAGAAGCCGGACGAUGACGUGAAGCGCUCGGAGCGCCUGUUCACAUACACGUACGAGAGCACGGUGACGGAGACAGACAAAUGGGGAGACGAGAAGACCGUCAAGAAGAAGUUCACAGCUCACUUCAAUGCGAGCACUGAGGGGAAGAUAUCGCGCUGGUACAUCGGAGCGGGCGCAGUCAUCGCGCGCUCCGGAACCGAGAUCAUCGAGAUUGAGGAGCCAUGCACGCACGAGAUCCAGUUCGGCGGCCUCUGCGCUGAGUGCGGCCAGGACAUGACGAAGGUCGACCACCUUACGCAGUCGCGCAACACAGACCGCGCGACGGUCAACAUGACCCACGACAACGUCGCCCUGCUCGUCAGCCACAAUGAAGCCCUGCGCGGCGAGGAGGAGACUAAGAGACGGCUGUUGAACUCGAAGAAGCUGACACUGAUUGUCGAUCUUGAUCAGACUGUGAUCCACACGACCUGCGAGCGCACCAUCGCUGAAUGGAAGGCCGACCCCGAGAACCCUAACCACGAGGCGGUCAAGGACGUCGAGGGCUUCCAGCUCGCUGAUGACAAUGUCUCGAACGUGGCAGCGAACUGGUACUACGUCAAGAUGCGCCCAGGCUUGAAGGACUUCUUCGAUAGGGUGUCGAGCAAGUACGAGAUGCACGUCUACACAAUGGCGACUCGCGCAUAUGCGCAAGCAGUGUGCAAGAUCAUCGACCCCGAGCGCAAGUACUUUGGCGACCGCAUCCUCAGCCGCGACGAGAACUACACGGACAAAUUGAAGAGCUUGCAGCGACUGUUCUACCACAACACCUCUAUGGUUGUCAUCAUCGAUGACAGGGCAGACGUCUGGCAGUACAGCCCCCAUCUUGUCCGUGUACCCGUCUUCAACUUCUUCCCCGGCGCCGGCGACAUCAACGCAAGCUUUCUGCCUAAGCAACAAGAGCUUGUGACACAAUCAAAACCUCUCGCAGCUCCCGUCAAGAAGAUAGAAGAUGCACCCAUGGCUGCCUCCGAUGCUGGCGAGUCUGCUGGGGCUGCACCUGCGGAAGGCACCAAUGGCGUUGGGGAAGCACUCGAGCAACAGCUGUUAUCUAUGGCAUCUCCCGAGACCCUGGACGAGCAGACCAAGGAGCAAGAGAGAGUCAUAAUUGCGCAGCAGACAGAGCGACCCCUGCUGCAACAACAGCUUAUGCAAGAUAAGGCGGACGAGGAGGCAGAGGCUAGUGAGGAACCAGAUGUGGCAGCCCACGGCGAUUUACAGCACUCUGAGCCUCCGAAACACCGACACAGUAUCCUGCACGACGACGACCGAGGCCUGGAAAUCGUUGAGAACAAUCUGAACCGGGUACACGCUGCCUUCUACGAUCAGUACAGGAGGUCCAAGGCCGUCGGACCGGCAGGGCGGGUCGCCGCACUCAAGGGCGAGAGGAGCCCAAAGAAGCGCUUGAACGACUCCGUCCCUGAUGUUGCUGAGUUGAUGCCGGAGAUCAAGGAGCAAGUACUUGGCGAUGCCGUCGUGGUGUUUUCGGGCAUCAUACCACUAGGUGUUGACGUCCAGACAUCCGACUUUGCGCUUUGGAUCAAGAGCUUCGGCGCCGAAGUAUCCACCAGCGUGAACCGACGAACGACACAUGUCAUUGCCAACCCCGACCGAAAGACGACCAAAGUCAAGAAAGCUGCACGCUACGAGAACAUCAAGAUAGUUAAUCCCGAGUGGAUGUUCCAGUGCUGCUCAAGAUGGGAGCACGUUGACGAGACACCGUAUCUCAUCGAAGUUGACCCAGCUGAGCGCGGGGGCUCGCCGUUCGAGGACGAUAGCAUCAACGCGUCAGGCGAAGAGGAGGCCGACGAUCCUGCUGAUUCGCCAGUGACUCUCAACCUGACUGCCGAUAACUGGGAAUCCGUGGAUGAUGAGUUAGCCGACUUCAUGAACGGCGACGACACAGAUGGUGACAAUGCAUCAGAAUCUGACAGCGAACGUUCAGACGACAGCACGGCGUCGACUUCUAGCAAGAAUCAGAAGAAGCGGAAACGCACCAAUGGCAAUACUACCGAUGGGAGCGAGGCGGAAGAGAGCGACAGCAGUGUCACAAACACAUCCCGACUGCAACGGCGGAAAAAGCGCACAAUGGAGCGGGUGACAUCCCUCACAAAUGUCGUCACCGCAGAAAAGUCGUCCGGCCUACCGACGCCAGAAGCAACAGGAACAGAAGCAAUACCAGCAGAUGACCUGAAGGGAGGGCCUGAGGAGAAUGGUGUCGCACCAGACCUUCAAGAGGACAACGAUGACGCCCUAGAGGCAGAGCUGCUGGCCGGAUUCGACAGCACUGAUGGAGAGGCAUGAUUUUGGCAGCAUCUGAUUCGCCUGCAUAGCGUGGGGUUUGGCAUUUGGCGUUUCUGGUUGGGGAUGUAUGAACAUAUGGUUUUGGCUAUCGCCUGGAUAUCUUGAGAGCGCUCUUGCAUGUACGGCCAUAUGCGCGUCUAUGCACCCAACCAUGCAUACAUGAGAUAACCAUACUACAAAUUGACCCUAUGAAC